AGUAUCGAUACACUGCCUGCCGGAGCGAACAGUGCAUAUUUUUACAUACUUUUUAAUAAAUAUAACAAAUUUAAAAUAUUAAAUUGAAGAGUAAUCAUGUCUGACGGCGAUUUAGAUGCAUUGCGCGCCCAGCGCAUGGCGGAAUUAAGUGGCGGCGGUGGCAACAAUGCUGAGAAGCAACAGGCGCAACAGGAGCAAAUGCGCGCCCAGGAGGAAAUGAAGCACUCAAUACUCUCCCAAGUGCUCGAUCAGCAGGCGCGCGCACGACUGAACACACUGAAAGUGAGCAAACCGGACAAAGCACAAAUGUUCGAGAACAUGGUCAUACGUAUGGCCCAAAUGGGCCAAGUGCGAGGUAAACUGGACGAUGCCCAAUUCGUCAGCAUCUUGGAGAGCGUCAAUGCCCAGAUGCCACAGAGCAAACCCACAGUGAAGUACGACAGACGCCGUGCAGCCAUAGACAGCGACGACGACGAAGACUAUGGCUGCUGAUUAUAGCCCAAAUGGAUCGAACUGCUUCAGUUUUCCCUUGGAUCAGAACCACGCAACCGAAUUAGAAUUCGAAGAACAGAUGUGCUUUAGAGAUUUCGCUAAUUUUAUCAACUAUGUUUAUUAAAUGAAGAAAAAAUGAGAGAGAAUACAGUGAACCUUCGCUCGUCACUGAUUUUUGUA